CUGUCUCCAAUCAGUCAGACACCGGCGGUGAGCGUAGACGCCGAGUACUACCAACCAAAUGCGCCCAUCGCCUCCAACAGACUUAGUUUGAUAUUUCUCUGAAUGAAAUAUUUCUUAUCUAGAAAUAUGCACGUGUAUAUAUAACCGUACAGUGUUCUAACGGCAGUUUAUAGCCAGUUAAUUGUCGGGAGAAGGUUUGAUUUCCCUGUAAAACUCUCCGCUGGAGUUUCAAUUGGAUUACACCUAAUUCAUGGAGACAAGGAUACAUCCCGUCUGCCGUACUCGUUUAUAAGUGUUGUGGUACUCGUUUAUAAGUGUGGUAUUCCUACAGUGUCAUACUCGUUUAAAUAUGGUGAAAUUGUCAGAUUUGUACGGACUUUUGUUGGGAAGGAGCUAACACGAAUUUCUCUAUUUCACAUUCUGUGAUGAACGAUCAUGUGGAAAAGUCUCACGAUGCUAAUGGCGGUAAUACUCGGAAAGGACCUGUUUCUGUUCGCAGAAUCGACGUGUAAACUCGGGAGGGCUAACUAUGCGGAUGGAGAUGUGUGGAAGUUCAACGAGUGUGUCAACUGUACGUGCAAUGGUACACGAGUUGAGUGCGUGAAGGAGCUCUGCCCAACCCCGACGUGUACAGAGCCUAAAAUCGUUCCCGGCGUGUGUUGUCCUUUCUGUGAAGAUUUUGCCAACCUUCCUCCUACAGUCGAGCCUGACGACAAUGGCGAGACAGACAACGGAGGACAGGGAUGCGAGUACGACGGAACCUCAUACACCGACGGGGAAGUAUUCACCUCGAAUUCCACGGGAAUCAUACUCAACGCCGACAACCAGUGCAUCAACUGUAUAUGUACGAAGGGAGAUGUAUUGUGUUACUUGAAAACUUGCAACAUUCCGAAGAAGUGUAAGAAAUGGCUGAACCACAGUGACAAUUGCUGUCCACAAUGUGCAGACGACGUUAACGCCUCGCUUGAUGAGAACAGUUCUUCAGUAGACAUCGAACAAAAAGCUGAGUACGAUUGUUUGGACUCGGAGGGUGCAAUUCACGAGAAUGGUUCGGAAUGGCGACCCCAAGUAUCGAACUGCGUCACGUGCUCCUGUCUGAACGGGGAAAUAGACUGCCAGAAACUAGCGUGCCCAGCCGACCAUCUAUUGCCCUGUAAGAACCCUAGACGGCGAGGAAACUCGUGCUGCAAAUCAUGUCGCCGGAAGAAGAAACCUAAAAAUAAAAAGGUCUGCUUGAAGAACAUGCGGAGAAGGAACAAAAGAAAUAAAAAGAAAAACGGGAAAAGGCAAAACAGAAAGAAUAAUCGCAAAAACAGAAACCAAGACGGACAGCCGGGGACUGGCGUGGAUGUGACGUCACUUCCGUCAUUAAGAGACAAUAUCGAUAUAAAUAAUAUGACACUUCCAGAGUAUUUUGGACAAAUGUGCAUGCCCAAGAAGCGAGACCACAUAGUGUAUCGGUAUGUAGGUGGAAGGUAUCUGUUUGUGGCAUUCGACGACGUUAAGUCACACGAAGUUGAGGUUUGGCGCUGGAGACUCAAACAGAGAGUGUGUGACGUCAAUUCACCAGCACAGAAAAACUGUAAGACCAUGUCGGCAAACAUCCGUUUGUCCGCCAGGGAAAAGUUUACGUACCCUUCCGACCACUUCCGGAAACAGACGACACAGGACAUGAUGUUUGGUUCCACAACAAAACGACAAGUGAAGGGCUUUAAGAAAAAACUGACCAAGUCGAUGGCAAAGUGUUCCAGGAGAAAUAGGUGUCGCGUGAGAAUGGUGACGCGAGCUUUCUAUAAAAACAUUGAGCUCAAACAUGUCGGCUAUAAUUGUGGCUGCUGAUUGGUCAACGUGUGGGCAUCAGCAAAACGUUUACAAGCGACAUCUGUUCGCUAAUUGGUGGAUAGAUUUGGAAUUGUGAUUGGCUGAUAGAGCUACAGCUACACGGGGCGGUGAUUGGCUGAUAGUUACACAGUGCUGUGAUUGGCUAUCAUGUAACUGUGAUUGGCGAGUAGUGGAGGACGCUCAGAUCUGUGAUAAAAGAUGCUUUACUGAACCACGGCGAACACAGAAUAACAAUGUUACAAAAUGUUCUCGACAUUAACGGAUGGAGGUCGGUGUGACCGGGUCUGUACUAGACCGGAACUGACCAAUAAGUGACCAAUGAUGGCCGAGUGAGGAUAUUAGUGUUUUGUUUUUCGAUAGUUACAAUAUAUUUAUAGUUUACAGCCUCACCCUCAAUAACAUUGAGUAGCGUAAUGUGCUAAGGCCUUCCUGGUUCACAAGUAAUGCAAACUGGUUCAUGUUGAGUGGUUCAUGCUUCUAUAAAGGACAUGUACAGGAUCAAACUUUGAUCAAAAUUUGUAUAGGCCAAAUGGCAUAUAUAGAUUUAAUAUAUAUAUAUCACGUGACUUAUCCUAAUGUUUAUUAGUAGGAUGUAGUAUAUUGUAUAUUAGUGGACGGAGAGAGCGGGUUUGUAUGCAAGAAAGUCAGUUUGAUUCAAAGAGGAUAUCCAAGGAUUAAAGAAAGAAAGCAUUGCUUAGCAUUGGUGAAUAAUGUACAUAGUGUGCAUGUAGCAAGUGGCUACUUCGCUCGGCUUGACACGUCAUUUUGUUUUCUUGAUGACAGCCUGAAUUGGUGACGUCAUAGAUUUUUGUGAAUUUAUGUGUUGUCUGUGCCACUAGGUACAAUGAACAGACGUCUAUAUCAUAUAUUAACCCAAAGAGCUGCAAUGUAGAGCACCCGUUCAUUAUUUGUCAGCCAAACAGAAAAUAGGUUGUGUAUUCGACUGGAAAAUGGUCGCAAUGCAAUACUGACAUCCAGAACUGUGGUCACCUUUAUAAGCCUUCGUGAACUUAUCAUUAUGUGUUAUUUAAAGCUUCCAGAUCGAUUUUGUCUUAACUAUAAAAUGAUGAAAAAAUCAA